AUGAAAUAUAGCAUACUGUCUCUGUUAUUGGCAGCCGUUGCCAAUGGCUCAAAUAUAAUACAGAGACAAACCAUACUCGGAACUUCAACUGUUAAUCUCAACAACAACACCGGAUCCAUUUCCCAUCUUGCAUCCGGCAUUCUCUAUGGCAUUCCAGAUACUCAGGGACAGAUUCCGUCUUCUUUCUAUUCUGAUAUGGGGUUCAAUUAUGCAAGAGCAGGUGGUGCACAAGUCCCUGCUCCUGGUCGAGGUUGGAUCUGGGGAUUAUCGCAAUACAAGGUUCGAUUUGCAUCAGCAUUGUCAAACUAUCGGUCCACUCGAGCACAUGGCGGGAAGUUCAUUUUCCUAAUCCACGAUUUGUGGGGUGCAGAUGGUUCACAAAACUCGAGUGCUCCUUACCCAGGAGACAAUGGAAACUGGGCUUCAUGGGAUGCCUAUUUGACUCAACUUAUUUCUGACAUCAAUGCAAAUGGUGCCACUGCUGGCCUUUCCAUCGAUAUUUGGAACGAGCCAGAUCUCACCAUAUUUUGGAAUAGAAGUCAAGCCCAAUAUUUCCAAAUGUGGGGUCGAACUUAUUCUAGGUUGAGAGCGGCAUUUCCAGGUGUCCUUCUUAUUGGACCGGCCUACGCAUCAGGGCCAUCCCUCGGCAACACCUGGUGGACCGGCUUUGCUUCAUACGUAAAGACAAACAACAAUGUUCCAGAUCAAUGGGUCUGGCAUAUGGAAGGUGGCAAUGGAAAUAUGGGAAGUGCUCAUGCAGGGCUCCAGCAGGUCCUGAGCAAAUAUGGCCUCCCUCAAAAGACCAUUAACAUUAAUGAAUAUGGAACAGCCGCCGAACAAGUUCCUUCCGGCGCCGCUUGGUGGAUUUCUCAACUGGAGAGAUACAACGCUAUCGGACUGAGAGGAAACUGGCUUAGUGGUUGGUCGCUUCACGAUUUCAUGGCCGGUCUUUUGGGUAAACCAAAUGCCGGAACUUCAGCUUACAGCCCAACCGGUACCGGUUACUGGCCAAACGGAGAAUGGCAAGUUUAUAAGUACUAUAACCUGAACAUGACAGGGCACCGCGUCGGAACUUCUGCCUCGGCCGACACGCGAUUAGAUACAUAUGCUACCAUUGGCUCGACUCAGGUAAAGAUUUUAUGCGGAGUUCACAUUACGAUUGGUACUUGGCAAAUUACCGUUAACAGUCUAUCAUCCGUUGGACUACCUACUGCUGGUACUUUGAAAAUCCAUACUUGGGGGUUUGCAAAUACUGGUGGUCGAUUUGGAUCCGUCACGGCACUAAACGAUCUCGGCACGGGGGCGCAUACUUAUUCGGGUAAUAGCGUGACUUUUCCUAUUUAUCAGGUGGACACGUCGACCGCGUAUGCUUUUGAGUUCAAUGUCGGUUAA